CUUGGAGGUGGGCGGCAGGAUGUACAACAACAGCCUCGCCACGCUGGACCGCAUCAUGGGGUCACUUCGCUCGUACACCGACCCCUCAAGGGUGCGGUACGAUGUUGAGACCCUGUUGCGCCAGAUUCCAUCCAUCAGUCCACAGCACGGUGUGUAUACGCACAACAAUGGAUCCACGAGCACCAUGAUGAGCCUCACCGGGACGAUCCCCAUCUACUAUGGCGGGAACCAGUACAACAUUCCUGUUGAAAUCUGGAUCCCGGAAGCAUAUCCUUUUGCAGCACCGACGUGUUUCGUGCGCCCAACAACUGACAUGAUGAUUCGGCCGGGUCACCCUCACGUCGACCAAAACGGGUUAAUUGUCGUGCCAUACUCGACCAACUGGGACUGCGACCACAGCCUUGUUGAGCUCGUGGGGUAUCAUUGCUCGAUCUUUGGUGCGCAGCCCCCAGUGUUUCGCCGACCUGCGAACCAGCAACUCGCCCCAGCUCCAACGUAUCAGCAACCUUCCAUGCAACAAGGCUACACUCAGCAGCCGUAUCAACAAGGAGGAUACGCUGCAUCGUCGCAACAGCAACAAGCACCGUACAGCCAGCCGCCAGCGCAAACGUAUCCACCCGCGCAAUCCGCGAGUCAAUACUCGGCGUACCAACCGCCGGCGAUCGAUCCCGCCGUGAAGCUCAAGGCCGAAGCAACGGAGAAAAUUCAGCACGAGCUCCAAAAAAUGUACAGACGAAUUCGAGACGAGAUCGACGGCGAAUUCGACACGCAGCGCGAAAUUUCGCACGGCCAGCAACGUCUCGUCCAAGGCAAGCAAUCGCUCGAGCAACUCAAGGCCAACUUGACAAACGCCGUCGCCCAAGUGGAAGCGAUGGACCGCCAAGUCACCGAAUGGAUCGCGGCCAACGAAAACCAAGUAGAUUGGACUGUGCUUUUUUGCAAUGUCGAAGACGCACUGCAUGCGUAGGAUGAAGUAAACGUGGACGAAGUUCUAGUGGCCGCGGAUCCCCUUUCCCAGCAGUACGCAGUGGAAUAACGUGGUGAGCAUACGCUUGAGACGACCACCAUCGUUGUGUGUAGGCAAUUGGACGCAUAUGCUGAACGCAAUGCGAUAGAAGAUGCGCUGUACUUCAUGGACCGCGCCCUCGCCAACGGCGAAAUCGAGCUCCAAGUAUUUUUGAAGGAGGUGCGAAAGCUCGCGCGAAAGCAAUUUAUGAGCGUUGCGUUGAUGCAAAAGGUGCAUGACGUCCAACACACGACAGCCACCCGUCGCUAAUACGAGAUGUGCAUUUUGUGAAAUA